AUUAACAGAAAAAUAUUCCAUUUUCAUCGAGUGGUACAGUCGAUACUAUAGUGAAGCAUUAAAUAAAUUGAAAGACAUAGAUGAAGAUGGGAAAUGUUAAACUAUUUCUUCUAACUUCCCUUAUUUUGGCAUUCUUAAACAUAACCUGGUCACAAGGGUUGCAGCCACAGGUCGCAGACGAAAGGGUUACCACAGUAACCCCUAUUGUUGUUGCUGCUGUGGGCAGAGUAGCUAGAAUCGGUGAAUUAUAUGAUGCCCGUUCGGACCAAUUUCUACAUAUUUCAAUGACAGAAAAUAAUUUACCUGCUGGAACCAUACAGUCCACCGAGAAUAAACAUUCCAACAUCAAAUAUUUGAAGAUGAACACUUUGGAGGAAAAACUAACCUCACUAAAUGUUCAAGCAGAACUUAAGUUAAGUGUUCUAGGCGGAUUGGUUCAAGUUAGUGGUUCAGGAAAAUUUUUGAGUGACAAAAAACACAGUUCCAGAAGUGUUCAAGUUUCGUUGGCAGCAUCAAUGUUAACCGAAGUCGAGUCUGUCGACUUUACAAACAAAGACGAAAAAAGGUUAAUCGAUAUGGAUGUGCUAGAGGAAAUAGAUGCUACUCACGUAGUAGUUGGCAUCCAGUGGGGAGGAAAUGUAUUCAUUUCUGUUGAGGACUCUAACUAUGAGGGAAGUGAUCAACUAACAGUUGCAGGUUCUCUAAGUGCCAAACUGGAAAUGUUAUUUGCAUCAGUAGGUGCGAGCGGUGAGGUUAGCGUUAACGACACGUUAAUCAAUGAGUACAAUAGGUACAGCUUUGAGAUAUAUGGCGAUAUUUUGCCACCAGAAAUGCCAGUGACUCUUGUUGACGCAGUGGUGCUCAUGAAAACUUCAGCAAGAUUGUUAACAGAAGGUAAUCUAGGGAAGGGGAAGGCCGUGUCUUACACGCUACUUCCUUUAGAAUUGUACCGACAAUUGCUUGGUGUGGAAGCGAGCAUCAGCAUCAUCUUGAAAUCUAUAAACGAGGGUACAAUUAAUUCGUUUGUCAAAUGGUUCGACGAGAUGAAUAUUGUUGAUCAACAAGUUGAGGAUUUAUUGACCCAGAGGAGACAAUACCAAAAUUAUGUUGCUAAAGAAAAGUUAGAUGAAAUAGUAACAUUUUCUGAAAACUACGACAAUUACCGAUACCAAGUAAAGCUUACUUUAGCAGAGGCUUUAAUCAAGGUUAGAUCAGGAAAUGAGACAAUUGAUCAACUAAUCAACGUUCUAAACGAAGCUAACAAUCACGAAUUAUCUCCAAAGAAAAUAGAUUUUGAGCAAUUCUCAACUCUUCAAGCAGAGUUUAAAUUUUUGAAAUUUUUGUUUGAUUUGCAAGUUAAAGUACUUGACAAAGGGACAAGUUUUCAAGAAUUUAUGUUAGAACACUUUAACAAAAAUAUUUUUCUACACCGUCGAGUUUCCAAACUUAACUGACGAGCCGAUGGUUGCAUUCAGAAGUAUUUUGGCGAAACGGGAAACAUUUGACCAAAACGGAAUUUUCGUUGCAAUCAAAAUAGACGCCCUUAAGGACAUCGAAAAACAGACUUAUUUCGAUUUUGUUGAGCCAACCAGACUGCGAUUGUAUAGAAAUCACGAUUGCAUUAUUGAGAACUAUUUAAUGAAUACAGAGGUGAACCCAAUUGGUGAGUCUGAAAUAUGGUCAAUGGACUACAUGAAGAAUCAGAUUGUAAAUAUCAACACUCAGCUGAAAAACCCUGUUCCAGUUGGCUACGUGUAUGUACAAUAUCCUGGAAUGCCUGCACCUAACACGUUAUGGCCCUCAGUCAACUGGGAGCAAAUCACUUCACUAUACGCUGGUCUAUUUUUCAGAGCGGAAGGCGGCACUUCUAAAAGUUUUAACGGUGGGAAACAGGAAGAUAUUUCGCCAAGGAUUGUCUCAGCCUCUCAAUGCAAUCAAAACGCUUGUGGUGGUUCGAGUUCAUUCAUCAACUUUGUAUAUUCAGACGGAACAACUUCUACCUCUCAACUCCAAACCGCAAUGUAUCGAAAUGAUUAUUGGGAAACAAUAAGUUUCAAAACUCAACAUAAGGAAGUAAUACCUAAGAAUAUGUCGAUUCGCAUAUACAAGAGGACAUCAUAAUUUACAUAAAACAAAAGGAAUUCGUUUUUGUCUAAAUUCGGACAUUCAGUGGUUGUUUAAUAAAACUUGGACACCUAUUUUUG